CUCCCAUAGGCCACAAUGCACGACGCUGACCUUUCCCCUCUCCCGGCGGGUCGGGCCAGCGGCUCCUCGCUCUGGGGCGGGUCGGACGGCAGCGGGGAAGGGCCAUGGCCCGGGUGCUGGUGGUUGCCUGGCAGCGGUUCUUAGGAGCCGGAUUGGGUGGUUACAAUGUUGCCUUGCAUCGUGGCAUACACACAGGUUCCCAGAGGUUGCAGGAACAAAUGGAGAAUACAGAAAGUGUUGCACCUGAAGUGACAGCAAACCAAAGCAAGAGUGACUUCAGCCUUUUUCCCCCAGUACCAGGACAAGGAAGUUCCUUAACUUGGGGUGGAAAAAAAUAUGAAGAGAUCCCAAUAGCUCACAUCAAAGCUACAUACAACAACACCCACAUCCAGGUCAUCAGUUCUGAGAACUUGCCAUUUGCCCGUACGUCCUGUGGCACAGAAGGAUUCAGAAAUGCCAAGAAGGCCACUGCCAUUGCAGCACAGACUGCAGGCAUCGCAGCAGCAGCGAAAGCCUGCGGGAAGGGCGUGUCCCAUGUGCGAGUGGUGGUGAAAGGUCUGGGCCCUGGGCGUAUGUCUGCCAUCAAGGGGUUGACCAUGGGGGGUUUGGAGGUCAUCUCCAUCACAGACAAUACCCCAAUUCCACACAACGGCUGCCGUCCUCGGAAGGCACGAAGACUCUGAGAGGGGAGUGGAAGGGAGACAUCGUGUACAGUAUCAGUUUGGUGCACUGUGAACUGGUUUUGAAUUUUGCCUUUGAUGGAUCUUGGCAGGACGUGUUCCUUGGAAGCCUUUCCUAGGAGAAACUUAGAGAAUGGACACAACCCUGGUCUUUAGCCUAGUGGUUGAAGCAAGCCUGUAUUUACUUUCUGAGUAGGAAGCCUCAUCUGUAAAGUUAAUAAAUUAAAAUGUUUUAGUCUUUGUGAUGGCCACGUC